AUGUCCACUUGGAACAAGCAUUACCACUGGAAGACCAAGGGUUGCACUCCAUGGUCGAAGACUUGGAUCAAGACGAAUCUCGUUGGUCAAAAGGCCAACACGGAGGCUGGUACUGUCCAGGUCACAGCCCUAGAGUCGUUCGAAGGCGAUGUCGAACUUGGAAACCGGAAAGGGAAGCUCAUCACGAUCUUUGACUGUGCAGUCACCCUGGCCUGGGCUGAUGAAGAAGAGAAAGUUAAAGGGACCAUCACAUUCCCAGAAGUCUGUCACGAAGUCGAAGACGAAGGGACUGAGUACAUUCACGAAUCGGCACUGACGGACGCAGGUGGCAAAGACGGCCAGACUUUCUUGGACGGUGUUCGGCGGCAACUUAUUCCUCUUCUUUUGAAAACGUUGCACCGCUUCCGAAAAGACUUGAUCCAGCAGCAUGCCUCCGAUUUGGGUCACGAUGGCCUGGGCACGGUGACACCUGCGGCUUCUAGCGGCCAAUCUGAUGUUCCGGUUCCAGAGCGAAGCGACUCGGAUCCUACUCAAAAUACCCGCCAUCCUUCUGAUCCAAAGAAAACUUCAAAUGCAAAUCCCAUCAGGUCGAGUUCCAGAGUCAUUCGUCAAUCUGCUCAUCUUGCCAUCAGCCGAACCGAUCUUUGGGCCUUGCUCACGGAUCCAGAUCGCAUCCCCUUGUGGACCAAGGCUCCAGCAAAGUUCACUUUGAAGGAAAAUGAAACAUACACCCUCUUCGGAGGAAAUGUUUCGGGUGUCAUCAAGCAGAUCAAGUUUCCGGAGCACUUGUCGCACUCUUGGAGACUAUCGCAGUGGCCCGAAGGCCACUUUGCCGAGCUCACCAUAGAUCUUAAGGAGGGGACAGACUCGACUGAACUUGUGCUUACACUCACGGCAGUGCCUUCUGGUGAAGAGGAUCGAUCCGAAGUGGGGCUGGAGACAUACUACCUCCGCGGCCUGAAGGGCCUUGGGCUGGGAACCAUUCUGUAAGACUGAUUCAACGGUACAUUGCAUAAUGCAUAGGCAGGUCAUGCGAAUUAUUGGUGUAUGCAAGUAUGCUACGUAUU